CAAAUAAAAGACUUUCUCGGGAUUUUUGGUCAUCCGUUUGAUAUUUUGAAAAUAGGUGGAUUGAAAUUUCAAAUUGAAUAGAAAUAGAAUAAUUCAAAAAAGUAAACAAUUGAAUUGGAUUCCUUUGGAUGGUACCAACAAAAUGGAUUGCUAACUCCUAUUUCUUAUUUAAUUAAUCGAUCAACUUGCUAUCGGACAUUUUUUUUUUUUUUUUUUUUUGGAUUCGAUAAUUUUCAUUUUCGCAAAAAAUUUCGACAUACUUUACUAUAUAUUAUGAGAACCAAUUCUACUACUUCUGGUCCUGGGGUUCCCACACUUGAAAAAAAAAACCUGGGGCGUAUCGCUCAAAUUAUUGGUCCGGUACUGGACGUAGCUUUUCCUCCAGGCAAGAUGCCAAAUAUUUACAACGCUCUAAUAGUUACGGGUCAAGAUACUACUGGUCAACCAAUUAAUGUGACUUGUGAGGUACAACAAUUAUUAGGAAAUAAUCGAGUUAGGGCUGUAGCUAUGAGUGCUACAGAUGGUCUAAUGCGAGGAAUGGAAGUUAUUGAUACAGGAGCUCCUUUAAGUGUUCCAGUCGGCGGCGCGACUCUCGGACGAAUUUUUAACGUGCUUGGGGAGCCUGUUGAUAAUUUAGGUCCCGUAGAUACUCGCACAACAUCUCCUAUUCAUAGAUCUGCGCCUGCCUUUACACAGUUAGAUACAAAAUUAUCUAUUUUUGAAACAGGAAUUAAAGUGGUAGAUCUUUUAGCCCCUUAUCGCCGUGGAGGAAAAAUCGGACUAUUUGGGGGGGGAGUGGGUAAAACAGUGCUCAUUAUGGAAUUGAUCAACAAUAUUGCAAAAGCUCAUGGGGGCGUAUCCGUAUUUGGCGGAGUAGGUGAACGUACUCGUGAAGGAAAUGAUCUUUACAUGGAAAUGAAAGAAUCCGGAGUUAUCAAUGAACAAAAUAUUGCAGAGUCAAAAGUAGCUUUAGUCUACGGUCAAAUGAAUGAACCGCCAGGGGCGCGUAUGAGAGUUGGGUUGACUGCCCUAACUAUGGCGGAAUAUUUCCGAGAUGUUAAUGAACAAGACGUACUUCUAUUUAUCGACAAUAUCUUCCGUUUCGUCCAAGCCGGAUCUGAAGUAUCUGCCUUAUUGGGUCGAAUGCCUUCCGCUGUAGGUUAUCAACCUACUCUUAGUACCGAAAUGGGCUCGUUACAGGAAAGAAUUACUUCUACAAAAGAAGGAUCCAUAACUUCGAUUCAAGCCGUCUAGCCUGCAGACGAUUUGACCGAUCCCGCUCCUGCCACGACAUUUGCACAUUUAGAUGCGACUACCGUACUAUCAAGAGGAUUGGCCGCCAAAGGGAUCUAUCCAGCGGUGGAUCCGUUAGACUCAACGUCAACUAUGCUUCAACCUAGGAUCGUUGGUGAGGAACAUUAUGAAAUUGCGCAAAGAGUUAAGCAAACCUUACAACGUUACAAAGAACUUCAGGACAUUAUAGCUAUCCUUGGGUUGGACGAAUUAUCCGAAGAAGAUCGUUUAACUGUAGCAAGAGCACGAAAAAUUGAGCGUUUCUUAUCACAACCUUUUUUCGUAGCAGAAGUAUUUACAGGCUCUCCAGGAAAAUAUGUUGGUCUAGCAGAAACAAUUAGAGGGUUUCAAUUGAUCUUUUCCGGAGAAUUAGAUGGUCUUCCUGAACAGGCCUUUUAUUUGGUAGGUAACAUCGAUGAAGUUACCGCGAAAGCUAUGAACUUAGAAAUGGAAAAAGUAAAAGAAAUCAUUUUAUCUACUAAUAGUGGCCAAAUUGGCGUAUUACCAAAUCAUGCCCCGAUUGCCACAGCGGUAGAUAUAGGGAUUUUAAGAAUACGCCUUAACGACCAAUGGUUAACAAUGGCUCUGAUGGGCGGUUUUGCUAGAAUAGGCAAUAAUGAGAUCACUAUUUUAGUAAAUGAGGCUGAGAAGGGUAGUGACAUUGAUCCACAAGAAGCUCAGCAAACUCUUGAAAUAGCAGAAGCUAACUUGAAGAAAGCGGAAGGAAAGAGACAAGUAAUUGAAGCAAAUCUAGCUCUUAGACGAGCUAGGACACGGGUAGAGGCUAGCAAUACGAUUUCGUCGUAACUAAUCGGUGCGUUCGAAUAAUCAAAAGAAGUUCUGUUUAUACACCCUUUAUCUAUAUCUUCUAUAUAUAUAUAGAAGAUAUCAUACAUAUCUUAUUUUGAUUUUAUUGAUUCAAUCAAAUUCAAAUAAGAUAAUCAAUUUAAUAGUCUUAAUAAUCCGAGGGUGAGUAGAAAAACUUAUUAGAUACCAAAGUCGAGGGUAUCUAAUAAGUUUUACCUACUAUU